UUAAAGAAGUGCAUGAUACGUUUUAAGCAUAUAGUUCCGACUGCGGUGUGCGUGCAUCAUUUUGUAGUGAUAUUAUAUCUUUAGUUACAUACAUACAUAUAUAUGUAUAUAUAUACGUGUCCGUUCGGCCGAUGUUUCUACUGCAUUGAUCAUAUUUAUCAAAUCUAUGGGGUGCAUUUGUCGUCGAAUUAUUUUUAAUAUUCUUUGCAUGCUUGCAUAAGGCGCCUAGUGCGCCUUCCCGUCACAAAUGAAGAUGUGUCGGGUACAAUUACUUCUUCAUAUUUUGCUGCUUAGUCUCUUACCUUUCGUUCACACGGAUGAGCACAAUCACAUCUACGAAGACAAUGAUGAAGUUGUACUAUGGAUGAGUACGGUUGGACCAUACCAUAACAGGCAAGAGACAUAUUCUUAUUAUUCUUUACCAUUCUGUGUGGGUAUGAAAGAUGUUAUCAAUCAUCAUCAUGAAACAUUGUCAGAAGCACUUCAGGGUAUCGAAUUAAAGUUUAGCGGUUUAGAUAUCGAAUACAAAGCGGAUAUCUCUAAAAUGGAAUAUUGUCAAAUAAAUUUAUCAGAGGAAAGUUUGAAGGCUUUUGUAUAUGCUGUUAAAAAUCAAUAUUGGUAUCAAAUGUACAUUGAUGACUUACCUAUUUGGGGUGUUGUGGGUGAACCAGAGGAAAAUAAUGGGGUAGUUUCAUAUUAUAUUUGGACGCACAAAAAAUUUGAUAUAGGAUAUAAUGGUAAACAAAUAGUCGAUGUCAAUUUAACAAGUGAUAACAAAGUUAAACUUGUACAAGGUGCUCAAAUACCAUUUAGUUAUGAAGUUAACUGGAAAAAGAGCAAUAUUAAAUUUGCAGAUAGAUUUGAUAAGUACCUGGAUGCUAGUUUCUUUCAGCACAGAAUUCAUUGGUUCAGCAUCUUUAAUAGUUUUAUGAUGGUUAUUUUCCUUGUUGGACUUGUAUCCAUGAUAUUGAUGAGAACUUUAAGAAAGGAUUAUGCGAGAUACAGCAAAGAUGAAGAAAUGGAUGAUAUGGAAAGAGAUUUGGGAGAUGAAUAUGGAUGGAAGCAAGUACAUGGAGAUGUUUUUCGUCCAGCUAGUCACGCAAUGCUAUUUUCAGCUCUCAUAGGAACCGGAUAUCAAGUUACUGUUGUUGUCCUCAGUGUAAUUAUUUUUGCCAUUCUCGGUGAACUUUAUACAGAACGAGGUUCUAUGCUAUCAACUGCAAUAUUCGUCUAUGCAGCCACCUCACCCAUAAACGGUUAUGCAGGUGGUGGUUUGUACGCACGAAUGGGUGGACGUGUUUGGAUCAAACAAAUGAUCCUUAGCGCGUUUAUGCUACCAAUUAUGGUUUGUGGAACUGCAUUCUUCAUUAAUUUUAUUGCCAUGUACUAUCAUGCUAGCAGAGCUAUUCCUUUCGGUUCAAUGGUGGCAGUGACAUGUAUUUGUAUAUUUGUCAUUUUACCACUUACGUUAGUGGGCACUAUUUUGGGACGUAAUCUUGCUGGAACACCCGAUGCACCAUGUAGAGUAAAUGCAGUUCCAAGACCAAUACCAGAAAAAAAAUGGUUCAUGGAACCAUUGGUUAUAAUAAUGCUUGGUGGAAUCUUACCAUUCGGAUCUAUUUUCAUUGAAAUGUAUUUUAUUUUCACCUCCUUCUGGGCAUAUAAAAUUUAUUACGUUUAUGGUUUCAUGUUGCUAGUGUUUAUCAUCUUAAUGAUAGUGACCGUUUGUGUCACUAUUGUAUGUACAUAUUUCUUAUUGAAUGCUGAAGAUUAUCGAUGGCAAUGGACAAGUUUUCUUGCAGCAGCUUCAACAGCAGGAUAUGUGUACAUUUAUUCAUUUUAUUAUUUCUUUUUUAAGACUAAAAUGUAUGGUCUCUUCCAAACAGCAUUUUACUUUGGAUAUAUGGCACUAUUCAGUCUGGUCUUAGGUAUAAUGUGUGGUACAGUUGGUUACAUUGGUACUAGUGCGUUUGUACGAAAAAUUUAUUCUAUAGUCAAGAUAGACUAAUGCAGUUUUAGUGAAAUUUAUGUACUGUGGGAUUUAAAAAAGUAGGAACUUGAUUCGUACGGCGUACUGCUCUCGGUGAUGAACAUUUGCGAACGUGUGAUGUGUUUUUACAAGACAGUAUUUCCGUUUGGUUAUAUAAAAAAAAAUAUAUAUAUAUAUAUAUAUGUUUCUUUCUGACGAAUAUAUUAAUUUUUUUUUAGGUA